AUGGCACAUGCUGGUGAGGAGGUCAAUCACGGGAAAAAGCGCCCCGCUGAGAGUGUCCCCGAAAGUGAUCAUCAACCUCUAGCUAAAAAAUUUGGUCGGUUGCAUAUUUCACCUUCUGUAUCAACUGGACAUGUCACUAAUACCGAAGAGAAGCUUCCUGCUUCUGCUUCAUCUGAUUUGAUGUUAUUGGAUGAUACCAAACACACCAUUUACAUACAUGACCUGGAUAGAGAGUUAGAAGAUGCUGAGCCUAGGGCCGAUUCUUUUACGAUUCUUACCAGAUAUGCUGAUCAAAUAACGGCAAUCCCAAGAUUGUUGGUCAAUAAUAAUAAGACUCCAUGCAAUGAAUUGGUUCUUUACACCGAGCCUGCGUCCUUGUCAAUUCCAAAAGAGGAGGACAGCGUCCGGAAGGCUCUGAUCGCCACAAGAGAACGCGCUAGGGGGGUUCAACAAGAUUGUGAUGUCCUUUUUGGGAACCCUUCUAGUAACGCGAUCGUGACUGGGACUACAACCGGGAGUGUUUCGAUUCAAGGCCCUAUUGAUGGUUAUAGUGAAGCAAUGGAAGUCGACAUUGAUUGCUGA